AUGAGAUCUGAAAAAUUACACAGCUUGAUCCAAAAAAAUCAUGUCUUUCAGAAAGUAAGCAUUUUUAUUCCGGAGAUGGUGAGAGAAGUAGCUUCCGUGUUGUUACUACUGAUCUGUGUCUCGCCGGCGUUAGCCGUUUCCGGCGGCGGGUGUAACUGCGAGGACGAAGGAGGAAGUUUCUGGACCACAGAGAACAUACUCGAGACGCAGAGAGUAAGCGACUUCCUAAUCGCGGUCGCGUAUUUCUCAAUCCCAAUCGAGCUGCUCUACUUCGUCAGCUGCUCCAACGUUCCCUUCAAAUGGGUCCUCUUCGAGUUCAUCGCCUUCAUCGUCCUCUGCGGCAUGACUCAUCUCCUCCACGGCUGGACUUACUCUGCUCACCCUUUCAAGCUGAUGAUGGCGUUGACCGUUUUCAAGAUGUUGACCGCUCUCGUCUCCUGCGCCACCGCGAUCACGCUCGUCACUCUGAUUCCUCUGCUUCUGAAAGUCAAAGUCAGAGAAUUUAUGCUCAAGAAGAAAGCCCACGAGCUCGGACGCGAGGUUGGGCUGAUUCUGAUACAGAAAGAGACUGGCUUUCAUGUUCGUAUGCUCACUCAAGAGAUUCGCAAGUCGUUGGAUCGGCACACGAUUCUCUACACGACGUUGGUUGAGCUUUCGAAAACUUUGGGGUUGCAGAAUUGUGCGGUUUGGAUGGAGAGCGAUGGGAAAAUGAAUCUGACUCAUGAGCUUAGAGGGAGGAGCGGUUAUGAUGAUAAUGAUGGAUGCUCUGUUUCUACAGAGGAUUUGGAUGUUGUGAGGGUUAGAGAGAGCGAUGAAGUGAAUGUGUUGAGUGUUGACUCGUUGCUCGCUCGAGCUAGCGGCGGUUGUGGUGGUGGAGAGAUGGAGAUAGGACACGUGGCUGCGAUUCGAAUGCCGAUGCUUCGUGUGGCGGAUUUCAAAGGAGGAGGAGCGGCGGCGACGGAGGUGAUUGAGACUUGUUAUGCGAUUCUUGUGUGUGUGUUGCCGAGUGGUGGGGAGGUUAGGGUUUGGACUUGGCAAGAGUUUGAGAUUGUGAAGGUGGUGGCGGAUCAGGUUGCGGUGGCGUUGUCUCACGCGGCGGUUCUUGAGGAGUCUCAGAUGAUGAGGGAGAAGCUGGCGGAGCAGAACAGGGCGUUGCAGAUGGCGAAGAGGGACGCGGUGAGGGCGAGCCAGGCGAGAAAUGUGUUGCAGAAGGCGAUGAGCGAAGGGAUGAGACGUCCGAUGCAUUCGAUAUUAGGGCUUUUGUCGAUGAUACAGGACGAGAAGCUGAUGAGCAACGAGCAGAAGAUGGUUGUGGAUACGAUGGUGAAGACGGGGAAUGUGAUGUCGAAUCUGGUUGGGGACGCGAUGGAUGUGUCGGACGGGAGGUUUGUGACGGAGAUGAAACCGUUUAGCUUGCAUCGUACGGUACGUGAAGCGGCUUGCUUGGCGAGGUGUUUGUGUCUUUACAAUGGGUUUAGGUUUGUUGUGGAUGCGGAGAAGUGUUUGCCGGAGAAUGUGGUGGGUGAUGAGAGGAGAGUGUUUCAGGUGAUACUUCAUAUGGUUGGGAGUUUGGUGAAACCUAGGAAAGGUGGAGAAGGAUCGUUGUUGGUUAGGUUUAGGGUUUUGAAAGAGAGAGGAAGCUUGGAUAGGAGUGAUCAAAGAUGGGCUGCUUGGAGAUCUCCUGCUUCUUCAACAGAUGGAGGUGUGUACAUAAGAUUCGAAAUGAGUGUUGAGAAUGAUGAUGAUGAUGAUGGUUCAAGUUCUCAAUCAAGAGAUCAAGAAGGUGGCGAUGUGAGAUUCUCUGGAUAUGGGUUAGGUCAAGAUCUAAGCUUUGGUGUUUGCAAGAAAGUUGUGCAGUUGAUUCAAGGGAAUAUCUCGGUGGUCCCUGGCUCGGACGGUUCACCGGAAACCAUGUCGUUGCUACUCCGAUUUCGACGGCGACAUUCCAUUUCAGUCCAUGGAUCAAGUGAGUCUCCAGCUCCUGACCACCAGCUUCACCCUAAUUCGAAUUCUAUGUUACGUGGCUUGCAAGUUUUGUUAGUAGACACCAACGAUUCGAACCGGGCGGUUACGCGUAAGCUUUUAGAGAAGCUCGGCUGCAGUGUGACCGCGGUAUCGUCUGGAUUUGAUUGCCUCACCGUUCUUGCUCCCGGCUCGUCCUCGUCUUCCUCUUCGUUUCAAGUGGUGGUGCUUGAUCUACAAAUGGCAGAGACGGACGGCUAUGAAGUGGCUAUGAGGAUCAGGAGCCGAUCUUGGCCGUUGAUUGUGGCAAUGACAGUGAGCUUGGACGAGGAAAUGUGGAACAAGUGUAUGCAGGUUGGAAUUAAUGGAGUUGUGAGAAAGCCAGUGGUGUUGAGAGCUAUGGAGAGUGAGCUCCGGAGAGUGUUGUUGCAAGCCGACCAACUUUGA